AUGAAUAUGGGCGUACUGCUAAUUAAUAUGCUCGUCGUUGUAAUACAUUUGAUUCACACUACCAAGGUCGACUUUUAUCAGUCACGGACCAAGGUAGAAUGGAUAGAUCCAUCAGGAAAAGUAGUGCAACGGUUAGCGACCAACAGGGUUUUCACUCAGGAGCAUUUCGUAUCUACCUUCAGAUCUAGAGUACCAGCAAUGGUGCUAAUUCUUACCAAAGCAACAGUGGAAGACACCGGAGUGUGGCAAUGUAGAUCAGGAGAUUUUCGGCAAAACGUUUCCUUAUGUAUUAUAGAGCCAUCAGAGUUUCUGGAGACUCCAACAGAAGUAUCUGUGGAUCGUGGCAGAUCCAUAACCUUAUCCUGUCAAGCGAAAGGGGAGCCCGAACCUCGCUUGGUAUGGUACAGACACGACACUAUCAUUAGCGAUGAUUAUAAUCCAUCGAAGUACCAAAUAAUGACCAAAUACAACAGUCAGGGAUUUGAAGGUUUGCUGACAAUCACGUCUUUGGAAGGUGAAGACAGUGGUGUAUACAAUUGCUUCGCAAUCCAAGAAAGCUCUUACGUAGAUGGAUGUAGCGCGAGCAUCAGUAUGAACAUCACAUUGCAUGUUAACUAUGCACCAACAUUUAGUGAUGGCAAUGAUACAACGUUGGUUCCUGUGCAAGAAAAAAAGGGGACAGACUUAGAAUGUAUCGCCGACGGAUACCCAACUCCCACCUACAGGUGGUUUAAGGAAGUUGGGGAUAUACUGUCAGAAUUUCCAUCCAGCGAUAUAAAACUGGAAGACGACGGUGAAAAAGCUAUUCUUAGUAUAACUGCUGAUGAAGCUACAGUCGGACAAAGAUAUAAAUGUCGCGCUAGCAACAAAUAUGGUAGUGCGGAGAAAUCGUUUGCUGUUGUUAAACUAGAAAAACCAACUAGGCCAACUGAGAUCAUUAGCGGGGAUCACGAUUAUGACACGUUGAAUCUUAUUGUGCAAUGGGAUGACGAAAUAUAUUUUCCAAUUGAAGAAUUCCAAAUUCAAUAUAUUGAAUCAAAAUUACUGAGAAAAAAAUCAGGCAAACCAAGGGAAGUCGACUGGAAAAGAUCUGAAGAAGUUUUGGUAAAAAAUAAUGAAUUUGGUGAAAUGGAAAGCGAAGGGACCGGUAUGGUCAUUAAAUUAGCUGACUUAAAAGAAGAAACUGAAUACUGGGUCCGUUUCAAAGCCGUUAACGAGGCUGGAGAAUCUGCCUGGUCGGAACCUAUAUUAGCUUCAACUAUCGCUAAGCCUGAAGAAGACGUUGAAGUACCAGAGGAAGUUGAAGAAACGAAUGAACCCACAGCUGAUGCCCAAGUAUCGAACGGCACGUUCUAUGGUAUAUUCUUUGCUGGUGGUAUAAUAAUUGUUAUUUUAGGUGCAACUUUUUUGAUGAGAAUGGUUUAA